CAGCCAAACGAAAAUAUUCAGUUUUAAAACAUUCCGUGAUCUCACACGCGAUUCACUCCGACUAAAAAUUCUCUUCCUGUUUCAAUUAGGGCAAAAGCUUUCAACUUUUAAUGUUUCCUCCCAAAACUCUCCUAAUCAAACCCGGAUUCGUCUAAUUUCCCUGUCUUUAUCUCCAAAUAUUCAUAUUAAUCUCUGUGUUUUUAGGGUUUAUAAUCGAUUACUAUGUUUAUUUCAUCUUCAUCUGUUAUUAACUCCGCCGUCGUGCGUCAAAAUCUUCGUGUUUUGGGCCCUGGUCUCAAUCCGUUCUCUCCCUAUUGCAUUGCCAAUCACUCCUCUUCUUCUCGCUAAUUUCCUAUUAUGCAAAUCGGCUUCUUUGAAUUUUGCUUUGUUUUCAGUCAAAUAGCUGUUGCGAGCAGAAACGAUAAUUGAUAUUUCACGGUUUGGUUUCUGGUUUGAUUAAGAAAUUUGGAAACGAUGAUUGAAAGCAUGCCCCAAGAGCAACUGGGUCCGUUUUGUUUUCAGCGUAAGUUGUCUAGAAAGCGCUUCUUUAGGUCUGUGGUAGACAGGGAUGAUAGGGGUUGGACUCCGCUUCAUAUCAGUGCUCGUAAAGGUGAUCUCAAAGCGGUGAAGCAACUUCUUAAUGAAGGAAUGGAUGUGAAUAUCUCAGCAUGGGGCCCCAAAUCGAAAGGGGUUACCCCACUUCACCUUGCUGCUCAGGGUGGUCACCUUGAAGUCAUGGAUGAAUUGCUUGAGCGAGGUGCUGACAUUGAUGCCAGAACCAAGGGUGCUUGUGGCUGGACCCCACUUCACAUAGCAGCCAAAGAAAGAAAGAGGGAAGCUGUUAAAUUCCUGAUUGAGAACGGAGCAUUUUUGCCGGAUAACAUCGACGACAGCAGAUUCAAUCCACCCCUUCAUUACUGUCCCAGUCUAGAAUGGGCAUACGAGGAGAUGGAGCGUUUUCAAAGGGAAAAUCUAUCUGCAGGCAACACCUCUUAUGGCUCUGAGAGUUGAAUGCCGUUGCUCACUCUCCGAGUCAGAGGAGCUUGAUGCAUCUCGGUGCUUUAACACUAUUGUUGUGUAUAUGGGAAAGUCUGUUGUAUCUGUGUCGAUGCUUGGUUUGGCUUUUUUUUUUUGGUAAGCUUGGUUUGGCUUUUAAUAUUGUUGAUUUUAUAAUAAUUCUUGAAGAACGCAGAUACUUGUUCUCAUUAUAAAACCUUUCAGGCUUUGGUGGUAAUUUUUGUGCAAGACUGAAUACGCAAUUGAUUAAGUUUGGUGGUUUGAUGUUAUGCCUUCCGCUAUUGUAAUGAGAUUUUUAGUUCUUCA